AUGGAGAUCUCUCCUCAGCUUGAAGAUGAUGCAGAUGAAAUGGUAAAACUUACUAUUGUCGAUGAUAAAGUACAAGGAAGACGGAAACCAAAUAUGACGGAUCGUGAACGACUUUUAAUGGCUAAUUAUCUGCUCAAACAAAGUCAAGGUGAAGCUCGUUUGCCUCGAGCAAUCAUCGCGGCUGCUGCCGACAAAUUCCAGGUCCAUCGCAAUACAGUGUCACGUAUUUGGAAUUUAAUGAAAGUAUCAUUGGAUCUUGGUGCAUCUACUGAUGUUGUACUGAAGCAAGUACUAUCAAAAAAACGAGGCAAUUGUGGUCGAAAGAAGAAAGAUUACUCUGCUGCACUGGAACGAGUGAAACAACUGCCUUUAAACCAGCGUGGCUCACUGCGAGCUCUUUCAUCAGCUGUGGGAGUUCCACGUACGACACUUUUUCGGCUUCUUCGUCAUGAAGGAACGACUAAGAGCACAAGUACGACGAUUGAACAAGACACUAGCUAUGAACUCAAACCAACGAUUGCCAAUUCGAUUAAAGCCGUACUGUCGGAUAAGAAUAAGAAGGAGCGAGUACGAUUCUGCUGUAGCAAACUGCAAUCGAAUGGAGUGUUUGACAAUAUGUUUAAUAUGGUGCAUAUUAACACCAAGUGGUGUUCGAUACCAGGCAAACGUGACACAAAGAGAAAGAAAGUCAUGUUUUUAAUUGCGGUUGCUCGACCGCAAUGGGAUACAGAGCGAAAGAAACAAUUUGAUGGCAAAUUAGGUGUAUGGCCGUUUGUUAUGACGACAACACCUUUAUCUAAUAGUGUAGAUGUAUCACAAACCAGUCACGUGUUCCAUGUGCUAGAGACAAUUACGAAGAGAGAGAUUCAAGAAAUGAUUAUCAACAAUGUCAUUCCGGCGAUUAAACAAAAUUUACCAAGACCUCUGCACAAUGGGCCGGUAUUUAUUCAAAUGGACAAUCAGCAGGUGAGAUUAACAGCUGAUGACCCGGUUGUCGCACAACAUGGAAACACGGAUGGCUGGAACAUUCGCGUGCAAUAUCAACCAGCUUACAGUCCUGAGCUCGUGGUAUUAAAUCAUGGUCUUCUCAAGCGUAUGUUUCCCGAAAGGUUUCCACCACAACUUAGUGGCUCACAUUUAUCUCUUAUCGAAGAGCUUAUUACUGGUGUAGAGCAAACAUUUGCUGCACUGCCCAGGCAACAGAUUAAUGAUGCUUUUCUCGUCUUACAAAAAACAAUGGAGUGUAUCCUACUAGCUGGUGGUUCCAAUGAUUUCGAAUCACAAAAAGAUGCGACGAAAAAGAGCUUACAAAAGGACGGAAGUUUACCCGUAAGUAUCUUGUGCAAACGUGAAGCUUUUGUAUCAAUAUGUCCAUACUAA